CAUCACAGAUGGGCUUCAGCCUUAUGAGGAACCAGAAGUUCAUGCCAACGAUAAAACACUUGCUUAUCAUUUCUAUAGCUAUCAAUGCGGGCUUGCUGUUGAAACUACUGCAUCAUGAACAUGAAUGGGCUGGACUCCCCGGCCCGGACACCAAUCAGAAGAAUGAGGUGAGGCUGGUGAAGGAUGUGCUUCAUAAGGCUAAGCCUGCAACUGAUCAGUACAUCAAUCUGGACCAUGGUGAUCCGACCAUGUACGAGGUCUACUGGAAGCAAAUGGGAGACAAAACAACACUUGUUUUAUCAGGUUGGCAAUCCAUUAGUUAUUUUUCGGAUACCAAGAACCAUUGCUGGUUUCUGGAGCCAGGCUUUGCAAAUGCAGUAACUAGACUGCACAAUCUAGUUGGGAAUGCUCAGACUAGAAACUAUCACAUUGUAGUUGGAACGGGAUCUACACAACUGUUUCAGGCUGCGUUAUAUGCUCUCUCUCCAUCCAAUGCACCAGAGCCAAUGAGUAUUGUAUCUGCUGCCCCAUUUUACUCGUCAUAUCCACUGAUCAUUGACUGCUUGAAAUCUGGUCUCUACAAGUGGAAAGGUGAUGCCUCUAAAUUUAACAAAGAUGAUCCCUAUAUUGAGCUUGUGACUUCUCCAAAUAAUCCUGACGGAUCAAUCAGGCAAGCUGUAGUCAAUGGAAGUGGAGGAAUACUGGUGCAUGACCUAGCUUACUAUUGGCCCCAAUAUACUCCGAUCUCAUUUCAGGCAAACCAUGACAUUAUGUUGUUCACAGUUUCCAAAUGCACUGGACAUGCUGGUAUACGUAUAGGAUGGGCACUAGUGAAAGAUAAAGAAGUUGCCAAGAAGAUGACUAAAUUUAUAGAGAUCAGCAGCAUUGGUGUCUCUAAAGAUUCACAGCUCCGAGCUGCUAAAAUCCUUGAUGUUAUUGCUGAUACCUACGAGCACACAGAGAAAUUUGACAAGUCUACACUCUUCUUCCAUUAUGUCUACAAUGAAAUGGCAAAGCGAUGGAGACAAUUGAGAUCAGCAGUCAGCAAAGGCCAAACUUUUAGUUUACUUGACUUUCCUGUUGAAAAAUGCAACUUUAGUGGUCAGAGAUUUGGAACACAACCUGCUUUUGCAUGGCUAAAAUGUGAGAAGUCCAUAGACGACUGUGAAAAAUUCCUGAAGAAGCACAAGAUUUUGACCAGGAGUGGGACACAUUUUGGUUCAAGCGAAAAAUACGUGAGGAUCAGUUUGAUAAGCCAUAAGGAAGAGUAUGAUGAGUUUAUUCGAAGGUUGUCUCUGCUCAGUUCUAUGAAGUCUCCACAUGAAUAG